AUGGCCUCCACCCUGCCGAAACUCCCCAUAUUUGAGGCCAUCGCAAGUCACGACCCCCAUUCAACAGCUGUCAUCCACUCAUUGUCUGGGAGGAGGUUUCAAUACGGCGAGCUCUUGGGAGAUGUUCGCAGAACACGCGAUGAACUACAGGCCGCAGCCGGGAAGCCGGCGCUGGAUGGCGAGCGCAUUGCUUUCCUUGUAGAGAAUAGCUAUGACUACGUAGUGACCCUGCUCGCCGCUCUCGCCACUCGAUCGAUAGCCGUACCUCUCUCGCCAGCUUUCCCUGCGGCCGAGCUCCAGUAUAUCCUCAACCAGAGCGAGGCCUCGCUACUCGUAUCAUCGCCCAAGUUUUCUGCCAAAGCGCGCGAUGUGCUCGCCACCGAACUGGCGUCAAAACCAGCGCAACUCGAACUGCAAAAGCACAUGGGAGGCGCUGCACAUGAGACAGUCCAGCUCGAAGGCUCCGACCCCGGCGAUGCUGGCAUGAUGCUAUAUACUUCUGGCACGACAAAUAGACCAAAAGGUGUUUUGCUUCCCCAGUCUGUCCUGACAGCGCAAUCGAAGUCUCUUAUCGAGGCCUGGGAGUACACCCCCCUGGAUCACCUGCUUCACGUCCUCCCUCUCCACCACAUCCACGGCACCAUUAACGCUCUCCUGACGCCCCUCUUUGCCGGCAGCACCAUCGAGUUUCUCUUCCCCUUCAACCCUGAUGCUGUCUGGAACCGGCUCGCCGCGCCCUUUACGAAUGCUUCCACGUCCCCCGCGAAGGAAAAGGUUACUUUCUUCACUGUUGUGCCCACCGUCUACUCCCGCCUCCUUGCCUCCCACAAGUCUCUCCCCGAAGCUUUCGUCGAGCCCACCCGCGAAGCCGUCUCCCCACAGAACAUGCGCCUUGCCAUAUCCGGCUCCGCCGCCCUGCCGACCCCGGUCAAGGAGGCCUGGCGCCGCCUUUCGCGCGGCAACGUCUUACUCGAGCGUUACGGCAUGACUGAGGUCGGCAUGGCCCUCUCCUGUGGCCUCGCCCCCGUUGACCGCGUCGACGCCUCCGUUGGCUGGCCGCUCCCCUCUGUCGAGGCCCGCCUCGUGGACACCGACACGGGCGCCGUGAUUCCCGAGGGCGACCGCGUCGAUGCCGAGGGCCGCGAACGCGCCGGCGAAAUCCAGCUGCGCGGACCGACCAUUUUCAAGGAAUAUUGGCGCAACCCUACCGCCACCGCCAAGGAGUUCGUCACCGACCCCGACGGCCGCGGGCCCUGGUUCAAGACGGGCGAUGUCGCCGUGCGACGGGCCGUCGAGGGCGCCGGCGGCGGCGCCGCGGACCAGCCCUGGGCAAAGGGGGACAUGUACUUUAUUCAGGGCCGUCAGAGUGCCGACAUCAUCAAGACGGGCGGCGAGAAGGUUAGCGCUCUCGAAGUCGAGCGUGAGCUGCUGACGCUGGACGUGGUUGCGGAGGCGGCUGUGGUCGCCGUCCCUUCUGGCAAGUGGGGGCAAAAAGUCGGCGCUGUCGUCAUCCUUGACAACGAGGCGCUGCCCGAGGGCAAGACGUGGUCGCCUAUGGACAUGAGACGGGCGUUGCGGGGACGACUGGCGAACUACAAGAUCCCGCAGGUCCUGAAGGUUGUGGACCACAUUCCCAGAAAUGCCAUGGGAAAAAUCAACAAGAAGGAACUGGUCAAGGAGGUGUUUGCAGACCAGUUCAGCGACAAUGAGGUGUAA